UGCCAGAGCCAUGGCUCACUCAAGCUCUUCUGGUUUGGUACCAUCCAGUGACAUUUCACAGUUCGUCCAGAACUCGCUCCAAAAAUUUGUUCCCUACUACGAGGAGAUGUUGAAGAACGAUCAGGGAAUCCUGACCCAGGAAGAUGUCACUGAUAUCCAGAAGGCACUGGAAAAGUGGAAACUGGGGGAGGCAGCUUCCAAGAUCGAAGAGAAAUUGGAGGCUGCUGACAAGGCUUCGUUGAACAUCGCCGUGACGGGAGAGGCCGGGUCAGGGAAAUCCACGUUCAUCAAUGCCGUGAGGGGGCUGGGGGAUGAGGAGGAGGGCUCAGCUCCCACUGGGGCGGUGGAGACCACCAUGGAGCCGAUCCCCUACCAGCACCCCAAGUUUCCCAACGUGACGCUGUGGGACCUGCCGGGCAUCGGGACCCCCGACUUCCAGCCGGAAGAAUAUCUGAGAAAGGUGGCAUUCGAACGCUACGACUUUUUGAUCAUCAUCUCCUCUGAGCCGUUCAAAUCCAGCCACGUGGACCUGGCCAGAGAAAUCCAGCGGAUGGAAAAGAAGUUCUACUUUGUCCAAACCAAGACCGACCUAGACCUGGCUAGCGCCAAGAAGGGAAACCCCGGUUCUUACAAUGAAGAGUCACUGCUGCAGCUAAUCCGGGAUGACUGCCUGGAGAGCUUGAAGAAAGGGAGCGUGAGUCACCCUCGGGUCUUCUUGAUCUCCAACUUUGAUAUGGGUCUGUACGACUUCCGACACCUGGAGGACACGCUGGUGAGGGAGCUUCCGGCUCACCAGCGUCACACCCUCAGACUGGCCCUGCCCAGUGUCACUGAAGAAGCCAUCGAGAAGAAGAAGCUCACCCUGCAGGAGAAGAUUGGGCUGGAGGCCACAAAGGAGUGUCUUCGGGCUCCUUUCUCAGGCUUCUUUUCCCCUAAUAACCGGGAAGAGCUGGAGAAAUGUCUGCCCCAUUACCGCAGCCUCCUCGGGGUGGAUGAUGCGUCCCUCAUCAAGUUGGCCAAGAAAGAAGGCAGGGAGGUGCAGGACCUCAAGGCCUCUCUCAAGUCCUACGAUACGGAGACGGUUCUGAAGAAUAAUGAUGCUUUGCCCAGCCUGGUGAACAACGUGAAGGAGAAGAUCAGAACCUCCCUCAGCUGCAUCUCUUUCUUUGGAAAUCUCCUGAGUACCAUUGUCGUUUCUAGAACCCAGAUCUAUACUCUGCAGUGGCAUGCCCUAGACACGGUGGCUGAAGAUGCCAAACUUCUCCUUAAGAAAACACAGAGCACAGGCUGAGCCAGCUAAGAAGCAGGAGUCUCAUGGGAGACUCAGCAGGCAUUCAUCCUCAGGCCUGGAAUUCCCUCGCACUUCGUAUCUGACGGUCCACUGCCCUCCCACCUUCGAAACCCUCCGAAAAUCACAUCUCCUUCAAGAGACCUUUCCUGACUAAGCCAUUUCCCCUCUCUGGGCUCCCCUCUGAAGCAGCUAUGCACUUGACUGUGUACCCCUUAAGCACUUUGAACUCACCCCCACCCCAGAACACUCGUGUCUAUGCCCUCAUACUCUAUUAUUUCCCCUCUCUGUAAUCGAUUUGAAUGUCUGUCUCCCACCGUGGUCUGUGAGCUCCUUGUG